UAUAAAUCUCAAUAUAUUUGUAUGUGCACAGUCUUUUACGAAAUGCUGCAUGCAGAUAUUUAGUGUGAAAUGGACGCAACAGUUAUAAAUGAGGCCCCAAGUACUCUAAUAAAAAAUUCACUCCCGAAACAGUGACAUUGGGCUGGGAAGUUGGUAAGUUGCACAAGAUAGAGGUUGAAGUUCAGUCUCUGUUAGAGACAAAAUAACUACCGUGAGCUAGAGAAACAUUACUUCAAUACUAGGCUACUCCGGGGAGUACUGACUGGCUAGCAUGCUUAGAGCACACAUGUGUGUGUCGGUGCUAUGUCGUCUCUCAGACAAGUUUGUGCUUCAAUGGGUUAACAUCGACAGGAAGAUAGGAUGUGUCCAGCCUGCAGUGGGCCAAGUGAGAUGGAAGACAUGUAGACCAGCUCCCUUUUUGACAGCCAAGCCCAACCGCGCCCUCAUAGAUGAGCCGAUUACCCUAGAGGGACGUCACCUCCCCCCUCACUCACCUAUUACGGUGCGUGCCCGGAUGCAUAACGAGGACGGUGACCUGUGGGAAGCAUUUUCUCACUACAACACAGAUGGGAGGGGUGUUGUCAACUUGACCAGGGAUGAGUCUGUAGGGGGUUCCUAUGUGGGCUGUGAGCCCAUGGGACUAUUCUGGGCCCUGCAGCCUGCACCUGGAGAGAGAGAGGGUCUGAGGCUGCGGAAGAAAAACGUUGAGACUCCGUACUCUGUACAGUUGUCCUUAUUAGAGGGUCACAUUCCGGUUCCAUCCAGUCAUGGUUCCAACAAGGAGCAGCGACAGAGAGGGGAACAGGAGCUGGCUGCAGUGACUGUGGAACGCUGGUACAUGGCACCAGGGGUCCGGAGAACAGAGAUCCGGCAGAACGGAGUAGUGGGGACCUUGUUCUUACCCCCAGGUCCAGGUCCAUUCCCAGCCAUGUUGGACCUGUGGGGUAUGGGCGGAGGGCUGAUAGAGUACCGCUCAGCCUUGUUUGCUUCCCGAGGCUUUGCCAGUCUCUCCCUUGCCUACUUUGGCCAUAAAGACAUCCCUGGUCCACUCAACACUAUCAAUGUGGGAGAUGCCUACUUCAAGACUGCGUUACAGUUUCUCCAGGACCACCCCCAGGUGUGUGGGGACAGGAUGGGGGUCAUGGGCCUCUCGUUUGGGGUCUACCUGGCUCUGCGAAUCGCCACUCAAAUUGAUUUCAAUCCCAGGUGUGUGAUCGGAGUGAAUGGUCCAAUAGGAAGUUUCAACAAAUUCUCGGACAGCGACGGCAUAACAGAAAGCUUUGAAGGGAAUCAGACGCACUGGAGUUACGAUGAAGAGGGCUACGUCAGUUUCAGAGAAGUGACCACGCCCAACAACAUUCCACCUGAGAACAAAGCAAAUGUUGAAAACCUGUGCUGCCCCCUACUGUACAUUGUGGGUGAAGACGACUUGAGCUGUGCAGCUAUUGAGAACGCAGAUGAGAUUGAGAAGAAGAUUAAAGAUGCUGGUAGAUCCCACCUGUUCACCCGCCUGUCAUACCCCGGUGCUGGUCACCUGAUUGAGCCGCCCUACACCCCCAACGCCCGAGCCUCCAUGUGGACCACACAACCCAAGAAACUGAUCACUCUCUGGGGAGGGCACCUGGCACCCCACGCUGCCGCCCAAGAGGACGCCUGGAAGAGGACCCUGGAAUUUAUGGAACGCCAUCUAAGGGGAAAGGAAGACAAAUAGCCUUUUGACCACUUUGGGAUAGAACGGUCCAUCUCAUAUGCAUCACUCCUCAAUGCAAGACUCAAAACUCACCCAACUGUCCAAAUUCAAGUGGACUCAAUGUUUUCUUUCACUAUUUUCACCAUACAGAUUUUUAUGUAAGUGUCUAUGUAUUGUUGUCAUUGAUUUGUUUGAUUUUUAUAAACACAACUAUUAUACCAUAAUAAAAUCAAUGUAAUGUAAACAAAGU